AUGGCGUCUGAUACCGUUCAAUCUUCUUCUCACCAUACGGCACCGGUCAGACCUGAUACCAUCUCUACAACAGCGGGAGAACCAAGCGACUUGACCUUAGUGCGUCCACUUCGCACCAGCACACGGGCUUCCACGUCAUCUGAGAAUGCUGGGCCCGUCGGUUUUCCGACUACCAGCCCCCCUCAAGUAUCCAACGAAGCUAUCUCGAGAUGGACAGAUCAUGUCAACACUCUCAGUGAGGAGCAACGGCAGAUAUUUCUGCGAGAAGAUCCCGGCGACGAUUUAGUGGCUUAUGCGAAGGCUGUCGACAGCAUCAUUGACGACAAGCUGAAGGCCAGCAAGGUGGUCCGCGCCACCAAAUGGAUUGAACCUUUAGUCGGCUUUGUGGAGAUGUGCCGGCCCCUUAUAGAUUCGUUGGGCGGCAUUUAUCCACCGGCAGGACUUGUCCUCGGCGGUGUCUUCGCCGCCCUCACUGUCACCAAGCGGGUUGUCAAAUACCAGGAAGCUCUUGUGCAAUUCCUGGCCAAAGUCAUGAGUAGUCUUGGCCAACUGAACAAGUUCAAAGCCGCGUUCCCAGAUACAUCUGAGAUCCAGACGGGCUUAGUUGAUGUGUUUGAUAUCAUCUUGCAAAUAUGUGCUCAGGCUUCGACGUUGUUUCUUGACAAUAGAGGGAAGGAAAAGAGUAGCAGUCGACUUUUCUGGAGGUCAUUCGAAAAGGACUUUGGGGAGUGGAAACAAAUACUCGACAUCAGCAUCGAGACAUUCGACAGAACGAUCCAACUUGUCUCCGGACAGAAAUUGGGACACUUGCAAGAGGCUCAGAUGAUGGGACUGCGCAUGCAGCUGGACACAUACAGAACGAUUCACAAAAACGAGACUAGGCGGCUGUACGAAGAAAAUGAGCGCGAAUUACGACAGAUUCAACGCGAUCAAGAUGAGAAACGCACCAGUCUCUUAGCUUGGCUGUCUUCGCUUUCUUUUCAGACAACACACAACAGCAUUCUGGCCACGACCCUGGAAGAAACAGGUCGAUGGCUUUUACAUCAUGAGACCUACAUCUCAUGGAGGGCAAAGUCCCGUGAAGCACUUCUUUGGGUUCACGGAAAGCACGGUAGCGGGAAAACGCAUUUGGCGGCGCGGGUCAUUGAAGAAUUGAGACUGCUCUGCCAGGAAACAAACGCCGCAUCUGACAACAACGAGGCCAAUGACCGUGGUGAUUACGCGUCUGCGCUCACCACCGACAACCACGAGAACUUUUUGCACGCACGGUCCGCCGAGCCUCGUGCAGCUCUCGUCGUAUGGCAAGGGCAUCAACGGCCAGAGACCGCUGUCGAGAGCUCCUCAGACAAUGCCAACUGGUCGUCGCUGGCGGGGUUUGAUGGCCACAGAAGCCUAGCUUCAGAAACUCCACUGCCUUUCAAUAGAACCGCGCUUGCGUAUAUCUAUUGCAGCUCGCAGCAGGUACAGAAAUCCGAUAAACUCAAAACGGGUCGAGGUGUUCAACCAGCAGGCUGGUACGACACUACAGGACUUUUGGGUUGUCUUCUCAAACAGCUGUACCAGUUCCUACCAAGGGACCAGGAUGUCCUAGCUCUAAGAAAUCUCUGCUUCGAAAUGAGAGCAGAUCAGCCAAGUAGGGAGGACAUAAUGAAUGGAAUCAAAAGCGUGAUUUCAAUGUUCAGCCAAACUUUCAUCGUGGUGGACGGAUUAGAUGAGUGCAGUGGGGUUUCCAGCUUUGAGUUUGACAGAUUCUGCAAUUUUCUGGCCAGCCUUGCGAAUCUUAGCAUAAAAGGCCCUUCAGCAAAUGUUUUGAUCUUUAGUCGCCCUGGAUAUCAAGCGAUCACCAUCGCCACCCAUGAUUGUCCAAGCAUCGAGGUUGACCAAGGGGCAAACGCAGAGGAUAUCAGUUUAUUCAUUGACGACAGAAGCGGAGAGCUGACCAGGGACUUGGCUUCACUGAAAGAGAUACAAGACCAUUUGCUGAACUCUGCAGAUGGAAUGUUUCUCUGGGUCUCUCUUGUCAUCGACUCGAUCAAACAAGAAAGGACUGCAAAGAAAAUGAAGGCUGCUGCGCGAAACAUGCCUAGAGGCUUGACAGGAGCUUAUGCCGAUGCUCUGAAGCGUAUCAUUGCCACGGAGCCGUCUAUCAGGCACAUGGCGUUGAAAGCACUUCUUUGGACUGCCAAUUCGAAGAAGCCCCUCUCCAAGUCUCAGCUUCUAGAAGUACUGGCAAUCGAGGACGGAAUGUCGUCAAUUGGGACUGACGAGAGGCUGGACGAUGACAUCCCUUUGACGAAGGACUGUGCCGAUCUCCUCAUUCUCAAGGACGGACAGUACAUGCUUCUUCAUCCUUCUCUGGGAGAAUUCCUGAGAGGUCUGUCAAACAAUAACCUUGAAGGACUAAGUGAUUAUCGAGAUCUACAAAAUGAGGCACCUCGGAUUCUCACGAAUGACUGCCUCACAUACCUCAAUUUUGACAGUUUUGCUAGAGGCCCAAUGCCAACGGAAAGUUCAUUGAAGGCAUUGUUCCAAACUCAUCCUUUCCUGCAGUAUGCUGGUGUUUUCUGGGGAGAUCACCUGAGGGAAGCUCUUGAUCGAGACGCUACGGAUCUCGGGCAGGGUUAUCGCCAACUUUUGCAGCCGCAGAUGAGCCGGGACCUUCUACACCAAAUAUAUCUCAUGUUCUCCAAUCAAGAAGCCGCCACCUUUCCGUUUCCGCCUGGGACUACGCCCUUGCACAUGUUAUCUAUAUUCGGGCUACAUCAGCUUGUGGGGGUUUACAGCGGAGCUGAAGUGGAUAUCGACCAAGCCGACGGGUUUGGAAACUUCCCUGUGGACUAUGCGGCACAAAAUGGGCAUAGAGCGAUGACCAAGAAGAUAUUGGAUGAGCAUAUGAGUCGAACACCCGAGAUCGGUCAAGGGGGCCAUCGAAGAUGUAACAGCAGAUCAUGGCUGAUGGGCACAAUUGUGUACCAACACUGGACAGAUCUUAUGGUCAUCCUGUUGGAGCUUGGUCACUCCACAGCCGAGACUGGCAAGCUCAGCCCAACCGCUCUUCACUUGGCAUCGGAAUAUGGACAUACGGAUAUGGUGGAGAGACUUCUGCUUUUUGGGGCACAGCCUAACACUAGAGACGCUGUUGGACACACCCCCAUAAUGAUGGCAGCCCAACGUAAACAUGUUGAGGCGAUAAGCCUGUUACUUGACCAUGGUGCAGAUGUACGUUGUCGCGGACACGAUGGUCUGACAGCGCUGCAUAUAGUUUCAAGUCUGCGCAACGGCGAUGAAGACCUGCUUGCAGCUUUGCUAGGCAAAGGCGGUAAUAUUGAAGCGAAAACAAGUUGGGCGGAGACUCCACUUCAUUUUGCUUCCGCAUUUGGCUCAGAGAGACUCGUCUCCUUCCUCCUCGAUCGUGGCGCAGAAAAGGAGGCCAAAAGAAAAGAUGGCAUGACUGCUCUGCUCAUUGCAAGUAGGUGGGGCAGAAGCGAUGCCGUCCGCCUCUUGCUGGCCAGAGGGGCAGACAUCAUGGCCAUCAGCCGGCGGUCUAGCACCGCACUUCACCAGGCAGCAGCAUCCGGCGACGUUGAAACCAUUUCGGUUCUCUUAGGUGUUCCAGCUGGCAGAAAUUUGUUGAAUUGGCAAGACUCUGAGGGUUUUACUCCUCUAUGCGCGGCUGCCUCCAUGGGCAGUACUGCCUGUGCGGUGAAGCUGCUUGAUGAGAGAGCAAACAUCAAUUUAGCCACUGACAUAGGUGGAACACCAUUGUUGAUUGCUCUGACUCGAGGCAACGUGAAAUUCGUGGAGGGCUAUAUCAGAUUUGUUCCAGCGGAGAAUGUUUUGGAGCGGCAGAAAGAUUCUGAGCCUCUGGAAGAUCACUUCAACGAGACUCAGUAUGCAGCUAACAUAUACGCACUUCAUUCUCCCUCUGCAAAUGGCAGUCAUGAAAUAAUCAAGUGCCUGACAGACUGGAAACCGGCACUGGGACUCUGGAGAUCUGAAGAUGGAGAUCUUGCCAUACAUCGAGCGGUGGCGUUCGGAAAGAUUGAUUGCGUCAGAUAUCUCUGCAAUGCUGAAGUUAUCAACGUACCAGGGGCAAAUGGGAAAACACCACUCCACUACGCCGCCAUUGCGAAUGACCCCGCAAUGGUUAAGUACCUUCUAGAACACGGAGCCGAUGUCAACGGCGGUCAGUCAAGUGAGCUCAGUCCAUUGAUAGAGGCAUUGACUUCGGAGAGCGAAGAAAUGGUCAACAUACUACUCGAUUGGGGGGCCAGUGUGGAAUCCAUUGGUGGUAAACGUUGGCGCCCGCUCCACUAUGCCACAGCCGAGGGCCGCAUACGACUGACCGACCGACUUCUGAAUUUAGGAUGCGAGCCAAAUCCUCAAACUGAUGAAGGGGAAACGCCAUUCUUUCUUGCUUGCAACAACAAUCAUACAGAGGUCAUUAGCUUAUUUCUUGCUCGUGGAAUUGGAAAUGUCACUAUCCAGUCCUGUGCAGGCUCAACAUAUGCCCACAUCACAGCGUACCGGGGACGCGAAGAUGUCCUAGAGCGACUUCUUCAGAUGGACAAAAGUAUCAUUUUCAAAACUGACUGGGCUGGGUUUGACCCCCUCAGUAUUGCAGCAUAUUAUGGCGAGUCUGCUGUCGCCCAACUUCUGAUUGGACAUGGUGCAUCGCCAGAUGGGCCAGUAAAUACGCAAAUGACACCACUGGCCUUGGCUGCGGAUGACGGCAAUGUCACAGUGGUGGAUCUUUUGCUGAGAGCCGGUGCGAAAGUUGAUAAGACUGGGGCAAUGCUGCGUACGCCACUGAUGUGGGCUGUGGCCUCCGGAUCCGUGAAAACGGCCCAUCAUCUGCUCAAGGCUGGAGCAAAUCCCUUCCUCAGAGAUGACUUGGGCCUUUCCGCUUUCGAUCUAGCUUUUGGACAGCCUGCGAUGAAUAUCAUCCUCAAUCCUUGGCACAAACCACUGGAUGGUAUUUAUAGCCAUCGUGACGCUCAAAUUCACAUCCUUUUGCAAUUCGUAAGCCGGACUGCGAAGAUCCUGGCUUGCAUGACUGAACAAAGAGCGUCUUUCGAAAACUGUUUAUUGGACAUGUCAUUGGUACAUAUCUGGACUCUACAACACGCUCUCUUGAUCCUCACUGGCCUACUACACGAAGCCGUCCAAAUUACGGCACCUGAGUCGGCUAGUAUGACGAACCGUUUCGACUCCUGCAGGCAUGCGCAAAUCGAAGAUGCUCGCACGGCUGUGCCGGGAACAAAGGUGCAGCAUUGGGUUAUCCAAAGAAGCGAAGACUAUUGGAGAAUGAGGCGCAGCCGCAAAUUCUACAACCAUCUUCAACAGGAUGAUUUUAUUGGGUGGGAGGCUGUUCAUAUCAUGGGGUUGAUUCUUGCUCUCUCAUCAAGACAAGCAGCGAGCGAGGUUGGCAGCCCAGAUUCCAAACAUGACGAGAAUAUGGAAGAUAAUUGGAGGGAGCUUACGGUACGGUGGCAUGACCUUUUCGCAUUUCACAACAUUACGAAUGGAGCGAAGAGCUUCUGUGUUCACCAUUGCGGAAAGUUCUUGAAGGUGCCUAGGCAUCACGGAAAUGCCGCCCUCGACUCAUCUGGGAGACUUUCGGUCGAAUUCUUCAAUUUUCUGGCAAGGAAAUACGAGACUGCUAUGGACGCCGGAAUUGAUACCAUCAGGUCUCUUCAAUGGUCAUGUUUCUCAGGCAACGUCGUUGAGGAUCUCGAGGGUCAAAGUCCAUCUUUUCGAGCCGAAAGGGCAGCCAGGGAUCCGAAUUCAAUUGAUAAGGACUUCAAACAUGGCCCUGAUGGUGAGGUUCAUACUGACAAAGUUAAGGAGAACACGCCAGAUGUUACCGACGAUUCUUCAACUGAGUCCUCCGAGUCUACUGUUGUGAGUCAAUCCUCGGAAGUUGAAGAUGAAACGGCAAUCGACAUUGAGGAUUUUCUGGACCAUUUACUGGGUAGACGAAACUCGCUUGUGAAACAGGGGCAUCUCACAGAGGAGGAUGAGGUGGUGCUUAAUACAGCAUGGAACAUGGCCCAGGCUAUAGUCUACCAGGACACUCCGCGACCUUCACUGAAGGAUAUUUGUGAUCAGGGUGCCGGGUAUUACACCGCUCCAUCAACACCUGCCUCUUCGGAUGGCGGUAGCCCUAGUAUCAAUGUCCCUUCAAGCUACGGCACACCCAGAUCUAUCUCUCCUGUAUCAUUAAUUUUGGACCGCGAUGAAUAG